GACUGUUUCACCACCAACAUAUUAUCAUGAGCGAUUGUGCCGUUCUGUCCACGAAUGGCGAGGUACGCUAUCACGAAGCAUCUAAUACUUCAACAACCAGUGGUGAAGCCCAGUCUGCAUUCAGUUCUUCCACAAAUCCGUCUACGCAGACGAAUCCAACUGAAUCAGAACGAGGGAAUGGUGAAUCAACUGUGCCUCCAUCGGAGCCACCACCGCCUCCACCUCCAAGUGGAAAUACAGCAUCUACAGGUCAACAAAGUAUGUCUGAGGAUUAUUCUGCCGCUUUGGAAGUUCCAUUACGCAGGAGCAAACGUGGAAAGGGUCGUGGGGCGAUAAAUGCAUCUGGACAAAAUAGUAAUAAUGGAGUUUCUUCGGAUGACCGGGUCUCAUCUUGUAUUGUAGAGGGUAUUGAGUACAAGACGGGUAAGUCUGAAAGACGGACGGCAGAUCAGAUUCUAAUUACUAAUUGA